CAUUAGUCAGUUCUUCGACACAUAUUUAAAGAGUCUAUAGAUACGGCACAGCGAAAAUCUAUAUAAACCGAAGUCGAAUAUCUCUGUCAUCUUCAUUAGAUUAGUUGCUUAAAGGAUUUUGACAUCGGUGCUUUUUUCAGACUCGAGCUUAAUCUGAAGUAUACAGGUGUCAUGUAUAUAGCGGGGGCCAGUCUCUUGCUGAUAAGCCUGGCAAUCGGUUGCCAUGGUAAAUAUGGGCCUGAAGACCUGAUUCGCUUUAAGAGCGCCGGCCUGGGUAAUAUCAGAAGUGAAACCAUUAAUGGCCCCACCAUACUCGAGGCGGGUUCGAUACCCACGUGGCUCCAGGGAAACUUUCUGCGUCACUCGUGCGGGGUGUUUGGAGAGACCGAACAUCGCGAUAAGGCACUACCUAACUACAUUACGCAUAUGUUUGACUGCCUCGAAAUCGGACAGAAGUUUAAGAUAAACAACGGAACUGUCACCUUCACCAACAAGUGGUACGACACGGUUGUGAACGAUAUAUACAAUUGGUACGGACGGAAUAUGAACAAGUCCAGCGUCUUUCAGCCUGGUACAUUCGGCUUGAGUAACGCCCAGCAGGUUGACACUUGGGAUCCGAACAUCACUCGAUCCAGUAAAGUGGUGCAGGUGCCGCACGUGAGCUGGUGGCAGGUGGGAGACAUCCCUCUGGCGAUGUCAGAAGGACCUCUUGGCGUUGCUAUAGAUACGGAGACGAUGCAGCAGAAGGGUUGGAUUCAGUACGCAGACGAUAAUUUUCCGAUGACGCAGGAGUACAUGUAUACUAACAACCCGGCGCACGAGCACACCGAGGCCGACGGAACGCUGUGGAGCACAGUGGUCGUCAUUAGAUGGUUGUCGGCGUCGGCAAUGCAGCUCAAACGAGUCGUUUAUAAGGUGGGGGCGGACAAGUACCGUCACGUGGUCGGGGAGUUCCUGUACGGCGUUGCGGAUUUGAAGCAGUGUCACGGCAUGGCGCGUUUCCCCGACCUCGACAUCCGGCCCGGCUAUAUGCACUCGUUCGCCAUCACUGAGAACUACAUCAUACUGCCGGAGACCGCUUACUUCCUCGAUCCUUGCGUUUACAGCCACUACGACAACCACAAGCCAUUCUUCCCUCAAGGCUUUAGUUUCGAGAAGCACGGGUUCUCUCGAAUCUUGGUAAUGCGUAAAUCGGACGGACAGUUCUUCUUGCAAACUCGCACCAUACCUUUAUUCGUAACACACCAGCUUGGCGCAUACGAGGCUGGUGACUCCGUACACAUGGACAUGCUGACGUAUGAUGACGCCGGGGCUUACGAGACCAUGCCAGUGGUGGACAACAUGCUGGGUCCGGAUCCAUAUACAACAAAUGUGUCCCGAAUCUCGCUUAACAUGACGAGCAAAUCUGUUUCGGUAGUAGACCUGCGACGCGGAAAAUCCCCGGCAACGUUCGAAAUGUCCAAUAUCAACUAUGCCUAUAAUGGCAAGAAAUACACUUAUGCGUACAUGGUUCGCAACUUCGACUUGCACGAACAGAACGCAAUUACGAAGCUGAACGUUGACACUGGAGUGGAGUUGGAAUACCUGCUGCCCGAGGGUUCGUACGUUCAGGAGCCCCAGUUCAUCCCAUACCCCGGUGCGAUUUUCGAGGACGACGGUGUCAUCCUCUCACAGGGAUUCGACGGCAUUGAGCGGAAAGCAAUCAUGGUAGUAAUUGACGCCAAGACGAUGACGUUGAUUGGCCGAGUUGUGGCCCCUGACAUGGCUCUGUUUGGUCUGCAUAACAGACUGUUUCCGCUGCGAGCUGGUUCCGCGCCUAAUUUCCAAAUGCCGGCUAUACCGGUAAUUGGGUAAACAAUAGGAUAAAGUGAAGCCGGAAACCACUACACAACAUUACGUUAGUAGAAAUUUAUUAACAAAACCAUUCAAUAUUCAGAAACCAUACAAACCGCAAAACAGCUUGGAACCAAAAGUACCGGUAAAACACUCCACUGUUGAGACUGGAAACAGUUAAACCGCUGUGAAUCAAGACAAAAUCGUUAAACAUCUGGAAAGCAGAACAACAUCGUUAAACAGCAGGGUAUCAAAAAAUUCGUUAAACAGCUGGGAAUCAAAACGAAACCUCAACACAAUCAGGCACCAAAUGUAAAACGUAGAAUAACCCAGAACCGAAACAAAACUGUAAAGCACCUGACAACCCAAGCCAAAGAGUAAAUAGUGCGUGUUCUGGCAUGUACAUCUUUUUUUCGUUUCAUGGUGUAAAUAAUUAUUAGAAAAUAAAUUUGCAAAAAC